AUGGAUCAAUCGUUCCCGUCCUACGUGAACAUUCCGCCAAUAGCCAAAACACGAAGCACUAGCCACCUGGCUCCAACUCCUGAACACCACCGAUCCGUCAGCUACGAGGAGACAACGACAGCAUCUACAAGUACAGAUUCCGUCCCUUCUGUUCGGAUCAGAUCCGAAAGUUCACAGAUCUCGUGUGAAUCUCCUGUCCCUGUGCCAAGAAAAUAUGUUGUUGCUUACGAGUACCAAGCUCAGAAUAAAGAUGAACUGGAUCUACUUGUGGGCUCUGUUGUCAAACUUGUCACUGCAGACACGCAUGAAGAUGGAUGGUUUCGAGGUGAACUCGAUGGAAAAAUCGGAUUGUUCCCGUCGAAUUAUGCGAGAUUACUUCCGGAUGCGGAGUCGUACGACACGUUUAAUGCAGAUGAUAUCAAGUUACCCGAUGAGGCGAUGACGCUGGACGACUUCAGAAUAGGGCAUGGUGCGACGGCUACAGUAUUCAAAGUGGAUCUCAGGAUAAAACAAAAGUCGAAUGUGAGUGCCCCAGAGGAAAAAAAGUAUUGUCGGAAUAAAAAACAAGGUACAGUUCGCGUUCCUGAGAAUUAUCAUAGGAAAGCUGCACUGAAACGAUUCAACAAGCACAUGUUCAACACACGAGGAGAGCACAUGACAGAAAGUGAACAAUUAGAUCAACUAAAGCGAGAGGCCAAUCUAGUGAAUGGAUUAUCCCAUAACAACAUUGUUCAAUUGCUAGGAAUCUGUCUAGAAGACCCAUAUUUUGGACUUCUCCUGGAACUUUGUGAAGGAGCCUCGUUAAGAACAGUCUGUCGAACUAUGGAUACGGAAACUUCAAUCCCGUUAGGAGUAUUGGUGGAUUGGGCAAGACAAGUAGCAGAAGGAAUGGAGUAUUUAAUCAAAGAAGGCUAUGUGCAUAGAGAUUUGAAAGCGGACAAUGUGUUGGUUAAAGAAGAAGUGUGUCUAUGCAUGGAUGAGGAUAUGACGUAUCCAUGGUGCACAAAAUGUGGACGACGGCCAUUAGAUAAACUUCAAUUGAAAAUCACUGAUUUUGGAGUGACGAGGAAAAUGACAGCGGACACGAACAGGUUCAGUACUGCUGGCACUUACGCUUGGCUCGCCCCAGAAGCUUUCCGUGACGGGUCAUGGUCAGAAGCCUCGGAUGUUUGGUCAUAUGGAGUAGUUUUAUGGGAGUUGCUCUCAAGAGAAGACCCCUAUCAAGGACAGAUUCCAGCAACUAUCGCCUUUCAGAUUGUAAUGCGUGGUCAAAGUCUACUAGUUGACGAAAAGUUCCCAACAAAAUGGAAGGACAUUAUGCAGUCAUGUUGGUCAUUAGACCCUACUUGCCGACCUACGUUCUCGGGAUUGGUUGUCGAUUUCAAGGCAUACGACGAACAAUUGAAAACACAAGAGAAAAUUACAGCUGGUUUACAAAGAGCACCAUCUAAAAUGAUGAUGAAUAUGUUAUACAAGCAAAUGGAUAUACAAUCAGCUGCAACGCAGAUGGGAAAAGUUUAUACGACUGUGCCAGGACUCCCGAAACAUCGUAUGUCUGGCGCCCCGGAGACAAAAGCAAGACUAAAUAAGAAUCACAAAGUGAGCAAGACUGACAUUACUGGACCAGUCGGCGAUGUUAAGCAUUUGUUGUCUGUUCAAGUCGCAGAGAAAGGGAACAAGGAAAAAUUAAAAGUGAACUGGAAUGACGAAAACUUCAACGGAGGAACACUUCCACGACUCAACGGUCGUCAAUCUUCUUUAUCAAUGAGUAGUCCAGACCUCUAUCAGAUACAAGACAUAAUUAGCGGAUCUAAUACAGUCGGACCAAGUGCUCACAGAAUAUCUAGAAAGAAUGCGAUUCGUCACAAAAAGACACAUCCUAACGGGUAUGAUGCUCAUUUGGUCUCUCCCACCCAGGAUAUGCGGAACUUGUUUGCGAGAAGUAGGUGUUGUGAUUGUGAACGUUUUAGUGUUAGUGAUAAAAUUUCGAAUGAUUUAUCGAUGAUCCCUAUUCUGAUCCACGGUUUUUUAGUUGAUAACGCCGAAGACGAAGGACGUGCGAAAGAGAAGAAACAAGGAACGCUGUCAAGGGUUUUUGCAAGGGCGCCGUGGAGAAGAGAAAAAAGAGAAUCUAAAGAAGAGCAUGAGGAUCGCGCGGCAGCUGGAAGCAUAUCAAGCCGAUCAAGUUCCACGACUUCCAGCAAUCGGAUAAUAACAGGACAGACGACUCGUGGAGCAGCUGCAAUUCCAUUCCUGGAAGCUGGAGCCAGAUCACGAGCGCAGUCUGCUGCCGAUUCUUGGGAUGACACUAGUUCGAAUAAAAAAAUAAUUCUGAAAAAUUACAGGAAAAGCAAGACAUCACCAACUGCGAAGGGACCAGUGAAGCAGACAAAUCUAACAGAACGGUUCGUUAAAGAUUCUGACAAAGACUCAAUAAUGCGUCCUGGACAUCUUCCUAAUCAUCAUCGGAAGAGCGCACUCGACCAGACGAUACCUCCCAGUCCAAACUCUCCAGAUUCGAUUACCUACUCACCGUUGCAUGUUUCAUCUAGGAGAACGACAGCCAAUUCGUCGUCGGAUGGGGCAACUAGUUAUGAGCAACUAGUGAGUCAGUCGAUAGCAGGCACCGGCACAAGGAAUCCGAUUAUUCAUCCAACUUUAUCGGAUGUCAUUCCUCCUUAUGUAGAAGAACAAACUCACUAUGAAAUGGCACCUGGAAGGCAUUUUGAGAAGAAUGAACAUGGGCUCUCAAACCAGUUGUACGGUCAUAUAUCCACUACGACUCCUAAACCACAACAGCAGUCCAUACACUAUUAUCCGGUUGGUGGUGGAUGUGACAGUUACAUUCCGAUUUCAUCAAAGGCUGGCGUGAAGCCGACUGUGGGAGUGAACCAUACUCCAUACUCGGAAGCUUACUCCAAGAUGUUGGCUAGAAAUGUUCAGAAUCCACAGUACAUUCAGUGCAAGCAAAACCCAAAGCCCACCGCUCGAACGCCGGCAUUGCCAAUCAAAAUUCAAUCAGAAAGCAAUCUGGUGAAUGGUUCGAUUUAUUAUCGACCGGAACAGCUGAACGGAGUAGGAAACGGUAUGAGCUCAUUGUCGCUGAACGAAGCACCCGAUAUGCCUGCUCCACCACCGCCACGAAUGUCAAUGUCCCCACCGACACGUCUUGCUCCCGUCCUGCCACCCCUUGAUGGACCCCUUUCUCCGGAACACCGAGGAAUCAUGGAUCAGGAGAUUCUGAAGCAGACCGAAAUCGGCGGAGAAAUCUUCUGA